AAGAACAGUCGCACUUUAACUACGACUGAUUGUGAGUGAAUCGUAAGAAACAAUGCGGAUUGCACUGCUGUUUCUGGCACUUUCGUGUUUCGUCUAUGGUUCGACAAGUUUUGUGGAAAUUUCUGUCGAUCAUGGUUUGCAAAUGCGUUUAACUGGUCGUAUAGUUAAUGGAACGAAGGCAGAGUUGAGACAAUUCCCUUAUCAGGUUUCUCUGACGCGUAGGUGGACUAAAAUCCAUUUCUGCGGUGGAAGCAUUAUUAGUGUCAAUAUAGUACUUACUGCAGCGCACUGUAUGUUUAUCAAUAAUGGAGUUAUUAAUCCAUCGAGUUUUACCGUGGUCGGAGGAAUAAUACAGCUAAAGCAAAAUACCAAUACAAGACAAGAAAAAAAUGUGAAGACAAUUAAAAUCCAUCCAAAGUUUGAUAUGAAUACGUUAUACAACGAUGUUGCCGUUUUACAACUAGCGGAACCCUUUACGCUCACUCCGGAACUUCAUAAUGUUGCUUUGCCACAAAAUCCUCCUGUACCCAAAACUCUCUGUCAAGUAUCAGGAUGGGGUUAUCCAGAGAGUGGUAACGCAACAGUGUCUAAUGAUUUGAUGUACGUAGAUCUGCCCAUUCGAUCAACAAAAGACUGUCGCAAAUUGCUUGUAAACGUAACAGAUUUACCGGCAGGAAUGUUCUGCGCCGGCUAUCUAGCAGGAGGAAAAGACGCCUGUCAAGGUGAUUCUGGUGGCGGGAUGAUUUGUAACGGUAUUCUAACCGGUGUCGUUUCUGGUGGCCAGGGUUGCGCGUUGCCAUUGCUUCCCGGAGUAUACGCAGAUAUCUUUCAUUAUUUGGAUUGGAUAGUGCAGAAUGAAAAUGUAAUAAUAGUUAAGCAAAUAGUUGACAAUUGCACAGAUAAUAAUCAUAGUACAUCUAUAACGCCAACGAUUCUAGUCGUGAUGAUUUCCUUCUUUUUUGUAUUGCUAUCGAUAACACUUUACUCUUGAAAUCAAGAGUCUUUGUUAGUAUAAUGAUAAACAUGUUUGAUGAUUCUAUUAAACGAAAAAUAAACUUUUUCACAAACGUA